GUUAAGAGUCUCUAGUCGCUCGCUACUUAUAGUUUCGGUGACACCCACCGGCCGCGCUCAUUUUACCAGUCACCGGACUCUGAAUCCCCUUCAACCUCUUCCAUCUCUCUCACGUAAAUCGUAGUCUACUCAUUCCCAAGGGGCCAUUUCCAGUCCUCCACUGUUGACUGACUUGACUCUACCCUCCCAUGUCCCAACACUCUCUCUCUUCUCUGCCCCCAACACUCUCUCACUAGUCAACUACGAUCCGAGAUUGCUUAGAACCGUAGCCAGUAGCUAGGGUUUAUCUCCUCUCACCGCAAUUGGAUCGGUUCAAACGAAGACCAUAUGAAAUCCGACGGGAUUCGGGUGGUUUUUCUGAUCUGUUUAAUUCUUUGCGACGGCUCGAAAUUCGUUCGCGGCGCCGAUGGGCCGGCCAAGAAUAAAUUCCGGGAACGCGAGGCCAGCGAUGACUCCCUUGGCUAUCCAAACAUAGAUGAGGAUGCGUUGUUGAAUACACAGUGCCCUGCGAAAUUGGAGCUCAGAUGGCAAACGGAAGUUAGUUCUAGUAUCUAUGCUACGCCAUUGAUCUCCGAUAUUAAUAGUGAUGGAAAGCUUGAGAUUGUGGUGCCAUCUUUUGUUCACUAUCUUGAAGUUUUGGAAGGUUCCGACGGAGACAAACUCCCCGGUUGGCCUGCUUUUCAUCAGUCAACUGUACAUGCAAGUCCUCUCCUGUAUGAUAUCGAUAAGGAUGGCGUGAGAGAGAUAGCUCUAGCAACCUACAAUGGUGAAGUUCUCUUUUUCAGGGUCUCAGGCUACAUGAUGGUAGAUAAACUAGUAGUACCUCGUAGGAAAGUUAAAAAGAAUUGGUUUGGGGGUUUGCAUCCAGAUCCCGUUGAUCGUACCCAUCCAGAUGUUCAUGAUGACCUUCUUGUCAUGCAGGCCACUAAUAUGAAUUCAAAUCCUCAAACAGAGGAAAAUACAACUAAAAUAAACAAUUCUGCUACUGUUGCAACAGAAAGCCAUCCUGGUGUUAAUACUUCAACUUCUGUUUCCAAUGAUGGCCAUCCUGAGUUAGAUACUAAUACUACUGUUUCAAAAGAAAGUGAUCCCGGCUUAAGUACUCCAGCUAAAAACGAAAGCCACCUUAGCAUGGUCAAGGCAUCAAAUCCAGAGGUUGAGAAGAAAGCAAAUUUAAGUCCGGUAGAAACAGACAUCAAGCAAUCUACAAGCACAGAGAAGUCUUCUGUCAACAAUGUGCCAGUGGAAACUCUGAAUGCCGAGAAGGGGACUAGUUCGGUUAGACGGCUUUUGGAGGACAACAAUUCUAGCAAAUCACAGGAUGGUGGUUCUGAAUCCAAAGAUAAUAAUGAGGACAUUCCUGUUGCAACUGCAGAAAAUGAUGGUGUUCUCGAAGAGGAUGCUGAUUCAUCUUUUGAGUUACUCCGUGACAAUGAUGAACUGGCCGACGAGUAUAACUAUGACUAUGAUGAUUAUGUUGAUGAAGAAAUGUGGGGAGAUGAGGAGUGGACUGAAGUGCAACAUGAGAAAAUAGAAGAUUAUGUCAAUGUUGACGCACACAUCUUGUGCACUCCUGUCAUAGCGGACAUUGAUAAUGAUGGAAUAUCAGAAAUGGUUGUUGCCGUUUCUUACUUUUUUGAUCAUGAGUACUAUGACAACCCAGAGCAUAUGAAGGAAUUGGGUGGCAUUGAUAUAGGAAAAUAUGUAGCUGGUUCCAUUGUUGUGUUCAACCUUGACACUAAACAAGUAAAGUGGACUGCUGAUCUAGAUUUGAGUACAGAGACUGGAACAUUCCGUGCUUACAUAUAUUCCUCUCCGACUGUCGUUGAUUUGGAUGGUGAUGGGAACCUGGACAUUCUUGUCGGAACUUCAUAUGGCUUGUUCUAUGUGUUAGAUCAUCAUGGCAAGGUGAGGGAAAAGUUCCCUCUUGAAAUGGCUGAAAUUCAAGGAGCUGUUGUUGCAGCUGAUAUUAAUGAUGAUGGAAAAAUUGAACUAGUGACUACUGAUGCUCAUGGAAAUGUUGCUGCAUGGACUGCUCAAGGAGUAGAAAUUUGGGAAACGCAUCUUAAGAGUCUAGUUCCCCAGGGUCCCACCAUCGGUGAUGUUGAUGGGGAUGGCCGUACUGAUGUUGUGGUUCCAACACUAUCAGGGAACAUAUACGUUCUUAGUGGCAAAGAUGGGUUGAUUGUUCGUCCUUAUCCAUAUAGAACUCAUGGGAGGGUUAUGAGUCAAGUUCUUCUAGUGGAUUUAAGUAAAAAAGGAGAGAAAAAGAAAGGACUCACUCUUGCUACAACAUCAUUUGAUGGAUAUUUGUACCUUAUUGAUGGACCAACAGCAUGUGCAGAUGUUGUUGAUAUUGGUGAAACUUCAUAUAGCAUGGUCUUAGCAGAUAAUGUUGACGGUGGAGACGAUCUUGAUCUUAUUGUUACAACCAUGAAUGGCAAUGUUUAUUGCUUCUCAACUCCAGCUUCACAUCAUCCCCUUAAGGCAUGGAGAGUACCUAAUCAGGGGAGAAAUCAUCUUGCAAAUAGAUACAACCGUCAAGGUAUCUUUGUUAAACAUUCAUCAAGAGCUUUUCGUGACGAAGAGGGCAAGAACUUCUUUGUGGAGAUUGAGAUCAUAGAUGACUAUAGAUACCCAUCUGGGUUGCAAGCCCCAUACACUGUCACAACAACCUUGUUGGUGCCUGGUAAUUACCAAGGAGAGAGAAGGAUAAAGAUAAACCAGACCUUCAAUCGUCCUGGAAAGUAUCGUAUAAAGCUUCCAACAGUUGGUGUAAGGACUACUGGGACUGUUGUGGUCGAGAUGGUUGACAAGAAUGGACUCUAUUUUACAGAUGAUUUCUCCCUCACAUUCCAUAUGUAUUACUACAGACUGUUAAAGUGGCUGCUUGUCCUGCCAAUGUUGGGGAUGUUUGGUGUACUCGUAAUCCUUCGUCCUCAGGAAGCUGUGCCUUUGCCAUCAUUUUCACGAAACACUGACUAAAGUUUCUACCUUGAUCAAAACGUGACACAUCCCCACUUUGUACCAAUGGCGGUUACAGCAGCAUUGGCAACUUCAGUGACCAUCUUUUAUGGUUCAGUUGGUGAUCUGUGUUGCUGAAAAUUCUCGAGUGUUGAACAGUAGAUGUCGGAACUUUGUAACAUAGUUGAAAUGAGUUAGGACGACAGGAAUGAACACCAAAUCCUAGUUUUCUCCUUUAUAUUGUUUAGACGUCCUCUAGCUAAUGGAGAUGUAGUGAACAGUAAUUAGUUAAUUUUUCUUCUUAAUUCCAUACCGUGUAAUAAUACUAUUAUACUUGAAAUUUAGCUUUCACUUGAUGCAUUAAUAUUCUUGACCCAUCUAAAUC